AGCUGGUCCUGUCCAUCUCUGCAGGCAAGUGCGAGGAUUCCUGAUUAUACUUAGUACCCACAGCAGGGACAGUGGCUGAGAGGGACCUUGCAGCAAGCCGUGCUUCAACGGGAAGCCGUCGCGAAGGAAUAUGCCUGCCUUUGGCUGAAGGAGACGUAUCCUGUCCUCCCUCCUGGAUUAACCAUGAAAGACGCUCUCAACAUUCCGCUGGUCCAUUUCUUCACUCUUGCGGCCUUCAGCUUGGCUGAGAAAUCACCUAAAGCACCCAUCAUCACCACUUCUCUCGAAACAGUCGAUGCCCAAGUCGAAGAGCUGGCCAUCUUUGAGUGUGUAGUGGAGGCUUAUCCUCAGGCGGAGAUCACAUGGACUCGCAAUAACAUUCCCAUCAGGUUCUUUGACGCACGGUAUAGCAUAGAGAAAAAUGGGCAGCUCUUGACCAUUCUGAGUGUGGAGGAAAGUGAUGAUGGAGUCUAUUGCUGCACUGCAAACAAUGGCGUGGGGGUACCGGCAGAAAGAUGUGGGGCAUUGCAGGUGAAAAUGAAACCCAAAAUAACCCGCCCACCUUCCAACGUGAAAGUAAUAGAAGGACUGAAGGCUGUUCUUCCAUGCACUACAAUGGGGAACCCCAAACCUUCAGUAUCGUGGAUCAAAGGAGAAAAUGUUAUAAAGGAAAAUGCUCGGAUUGCUAUUCUUGAAUCAGGCAACUUGAGGAUUCAUAAUGUUCGAAGAGAAGACAGUGGUCACUAUUGGUGUAUGGCAAAGAACAGCCUUGGGACGGCGUACUCAAAGCCUGUAACUUUGGAAGUGGAAGUUUUCGCCCGAAUCCUGAAAGCUCCCGAAUCCUACAAUGUCAGCUUUGGCUCUGUGGUGACUCUGCGAUGUGCAGCAACAGGCAUUCCAACCCCUACGGUGACAUGGCUUGAAAAUGGAAAAGCAGUCUCAGCAGGAUCCAUCGUAGAAACCGUCAAAGACCGGGUAAUCGAUUCCAGGUUGCAAGUCUACGUCACCCGGCCUGGUUUGUUCACCUGCAUAGCUACGAACAAGCACAGCGAGACUUACGGCACGGCAAAAGCCGCGGCAACUAUCAACGUAUCAGAAUGGAGCAGACUCUACAAGGGUGAUACAGGCUACUGCAGCACAUACCGAGGAGAUGUGUGUAGCGCUCUGUUGGCCAAGGAUGCCUUCGUUUUCUUCAACGCUUCCUAUGGAGACCCAGAGGAGACCCAAGAACUGCUUGUCCGCACAGCGUGGGCUGAGUUGAAAACAGUGAGUCCUUUUUGCCGCCCAGCUGCUGAGUCCCUGCUGUGUCAUUACAUCUUCCAGGAGUGCAAUCCCUCCAGGAUCGGAGCCGCCCCAAAACCUGUUUGCAGAGAGCAUUGCCUUGCUGUAAAGGACCUCUACUGCUUUAAAGAAUGGCUUGCGAUGGAAGAAAAUGCCCGCAAAGGAAUCUAUAAGCCUGGAUUGAUGUUGCUUACCCUUCCCAAGUGCAACAGUCUCCCCAGCAUAAAGCAGGACCCCGGUACUUGCACGAGGAUCCCACAGUUUGAGCUUAAAAAGGAGGAUAUAACAACAACUUGUUACAAAGGCAAUGGGUUAACCUACGAAGGCCCUGUCAAUGUCACAGCCUCUGGGAUUCCCUGUCAGAAGUGGAACGAACAGGUACCACAUUCACAUCGGAAAACCCCUCUGGCUUUCCCGGAGCUGUCCAGUGCAGAAAACUAUUGCCGCAAUCCAGGGGGUGAAAAUGCACGGCCCUGGUGUUACACGAGAGACUCCUCUGUGAAAUGGGAAUACUGCAACGUGCCUCAUUGUGGCGAUGCAUCUUUGACCCAGGAAACCACGAAGUUGAGUGCCGCUGCUCCUCCACGUUUUCCCUUCGCCCCCUCUUCCUCCCCGACAUACUCCAUGACUGUCAUUAUCUCGAUCAUCUCCAGUUUUGCCAUGCUGAUCAUCCUUGUGAUCCUGGCUCUCAUUUGUUGCCGGAAGCGCAAGCAGCUGAAAAACAAAACAAGGGAGUCAGCACCCCCAGCCCUGACAACACUUCCUUCUGAGCUCUUAUUGGACAGAUUGCACCCCAAUCCCAUGUACCAGCGCAUGCCUCUGCUCUUGAACCCAAAGCUAUUCAGUCUGGAGUAUCCACGGAACAAUAUCGAAUAUGUGAGAGAUAUUGGAGAAGGCGCUUUCGGCCGGGUCUUCCAAGCAAGGGCCCCUGGAUUGCUUCCUUACGAGCCGUUCACAAUGGUGGCUGUGAAGAUGCUCAAAGAAGAAGCCUCGGCAGACAUGCAGGCAGACUUCCAGAGAGAGGCAGCCCUCAUGGCUGAAUUUGAUAAUCCAAACAUUGUGAAACUUUUAGGGGUGUGUGCUGUUGGAAAGCCCAUGUGCCUACUUUUCGAAUACAUGGCCUUCGGGGACCUCAACGAAUACCUGCGCAAUCGAUCGCCACGCAACCUCUGUAGCCUAAGCAACAAUAACCUUGACAUGCGGAUCAGGCCCUCGAGCCCCAGCGUGCUUGGUCUCUCGUGCGCCGACCAGCUCUGCAUUGCCAAGCAGGUGGCGGCUGGCAUGGCCUACCUCUCGGAACGCAAGUUUGUGCACCGCGACUUGGCCACCAGGAACUGUUUGGUGGGAGAAAACAUGGUGGUCAAAAUUGCAGACUUUGGCCUCUCCAGGAACAUGUACUCGGCAGACUAUUACAAAGCCAACGAGAACGACGCCAUUCCCAUACGAUGGAUGCCCCCCGAGUCCAUCUUCUACAAUCGCUAUACGACUGAGUCUGACGUCUGGGCCUAUGGCGUGGUCCUGUGGGAGAUCUUUGCCUUUGGCCUGCAGCCCUAUUACGGGAUGGCUCAUGAGGAAGUCAUCUAUUACGUGAGAGACGGAAAUGUCCUGUCUUGCCCAGAUAACUGCCCUCUGGAGCUGUACAACCUCAUGCGCCUGUGUUGGAGCAAGCUCCCUUCUGACAGGCCGAGCUUUGCGAGCAUCUAUCGCAUUCUGGAGCGCAUGUAUGAGAGGGCAGGGGCAGCUGAACAUGCAUGUGCUGUGUGACCGAGGGCAGCUUUUCAUGGCCUCCUCUCUUGAAUGACUAGGCUUGGGUGAAAGGAGGAGUCUGGACCUCAAUAUAUGAGCAGGAGCAAUUGUGCCAACACAGUCUUUAUAGUUGCUGCUUAGGCAACAUUCCCAACAGGAAACUGAAGCAAGUGUGGUUGUUGACUUGAGUGAAGACCACACUUCAGGAAGCAUCACAAGUGUAUUUUAAAAAUAACCAGCAAGGACACUGUUCUUGAAAUGUCAUUUUUGUUUUCUGUUUUCUUUUGAAACUUUUUUUUUAUCACGACUUUCUGUUAUGCCAAAAACACGACGUUCAAAAAUAAAAUCCACUACUACUAAAACAAGAUCAGAGAAUAAGCUAAGCGCAGCGGCAGAAUUUCAAAUACAAUCAAUCGAAAGAGGAAACGGAGAGUUUGGAGGGGGGGGCAUGUUGGAUAUUAUAGCAGGAGCAUUCAGAUCAGUUCUAAAAACCCAACUCCUUCCAGAGCGGGAAGUUCUUUACAGGUGAUUUUGAACGUGUGUCUUUAUCUCAUGUCUUGAUUUAUCCUGAGUCACAACAUUGCUCAAUCUGAUCAGGCAGGCAAGAGUACAGGGUUUCAUUUUGUAUGUAUUUUAUUGGAAAAUUGCUUCCAAAAUGUGUUUAUUAGAAGAAAUUCGCCCUGAUGUGAGGGUUGUUGUUUUUUUCCGUUGCAAAUUUGCUGCAGAAAUAUGGAGAACUGAAUUUAAGAAUGGAGAAACCCAUUCCUUGUGUACACCCUGUUCCACGAGGGACCAUUUUAGAUGUGUGAGUCAAGGACAGAAAAGCACCGAUUGAUGGUGCUGCAAUUCUCACCCCCUUUAAAACCUCGUUCACUUAUUUUGUCUGAAAACAGGAAUACACCGUAUGUACUGACUGGCUGCAAACCAAAUGGACAUGCACGUAUAUUUCUGUGCAUCCAUCACAGGAGACACAGAAUUUUCGGGAACUUUAGAUGUGGGGAGGGGGAGCGAUGCCUUGUGUAAACAAACAACUUGGUGGUGAAUGAGCAGAGCUGUACACUGCGCGAAGCCAGCAGGGUUAUGUGAAUGAAAGGAGCGUCAUUCACUCUCCUUGGCGGUGAGAUCAUUGCCUUCUAAAUUUACCAGUUUUCGUUGGGGGAGUUGGAUUCAGUUCACAAGACAGGGAUGCCAGGGAAUAAGGCAGUCGGAGUUGGGUUACAGCGAAGGGGACUUGGAAGUCUUUGGUACCCUGUCGGAUGAUACAGCAUGUCUCCCAGAAAGGAACAGCAGGGGAACGGGAAGUUCUUAACAUCCAGACAUGUGACAGUCCGUUGAGAGAUAUGCCAAGUGCACUUGACCCCUAGAGAGAAAAGCCUGCAGGACUAUGUGGAGUGCCUCGGGGUCCUCUUAGCUGCCGCUUGCAGCCACCGCAAAGUCCCAAGGCACAAACUGACAAAUGGUCAGGGACCACAGCUGCCCUGGUUGCAAGGCCUUGCACAAACAUGCAGUCACCCAGACAAGAAUGCCUUUGCAUAGAGUCAGAUAAAUGUGCAAGCUUCCUGAGCUGAAGUUUAGGGCCCUGCCCAGGGCUGGAAACUUAUUGCUCCCAUCUCUGUUAGUCAUUUCUCUCUGCUCCUCCACCAGUCUAGUUUACGUAAUCAGCUGUCAGCCAGAACUAAAUCACACCUCUCAAAGUUUGAGUUAACUCUAUUGAAAAAUAAUAUAUAUAAUAAGAAUAAUAUUGGAGAAAACUGGGUAUUGAAACCUGCUUAACCUAAAAUCAUAUAUCCCAGUUUUACAGCGGCCCUUUAAAGUACGCUUCACGCAGAGUAUAUGCAGUCAGAAGUUGACCUGGCUAAGAAAGCACCACCAAGAGCGUAGGGAAUUAUCUCCCUUAUAUGAAACCCCUUACUAGCUGCACACUUGUAAAAGUAUGCAGAUGAAAAUACAAACGUUGGGUUUCUUUAACUGAAAAACAAACUGACUCUAAAGAGACUUUAAACUAAAGAUAAAUGCUUUCUCUCUUAGCAAUGUUAUCUACCCACUUUCCAAACUUCCCACAAAAUCCCACAUAACUCCCAUUAAACUACCCAAGAAUUAACAGUAAACUAGCUUUAUAACUAAGCAACUCUCAUACUAAGAUUCAACUGAGGAAUCUCUUAAACUGAGAACAACUGAGAGAGUGAUCUACUUGGAGAUGAAUCAAACUGAAAAGAUCUAACUAAGAGAUACAGAAGGCUUUCUGGCAGAGCCUUAUACACAAGAAGCAGAGCCCACGCCUGUGAGCAAUUAACAGAAACACAGACACCUGUUUCUCUUAAACAGACAGUAUUUACAUUAGACCGGCUCUAAAGUAACUUGACUAUUCAAAAAAUCCAACAAAAGCACAAUCUCCGCACAUAGAUGAGGGUCAGGGCCAAUGAGCACAACAGCUCAUCCCAGUAUGUCUGGCCCCAUGAAUCAGCUGCCAAGCAUAGCUGCCAAGUUAUCCCUUUUUUACAGGGAUUUUCCCUUAUGCUGAAUAGGCUUCCUCGCGAGAAAAGCGAAAACUUGGCAGCUAUGCUG